UCUGUCUCUUGAUUCUGCUUCUCUGAUUGCAGACAUGGCCACCUACACCACCUCUGAUGAUUCUUCACCCAUUUUAGAGACCUUCACUAACUCACGGGAAGACAGCAAGACUGAGACUAACAAAUAUGUCACGUUUCCCUGGGCGGACAGUACCCUGUAUUAUCCACAAGGCUCCUCUCGUGAUCGAAUCUUCCAGUCUGAGCAAGGGAAAUUAAAGAGCUUCACUGCCCUCUCACAGAACAGAAAGAAGAACAUCAGUGACCACUCUCGAUUUGAAGCUCAGGUUCCUGUGAAAAAUAAAGACCCUCAGAGGAGUUUGAAGACCGUAACACCCCAGAGGACCCCCAGAGGAUCCCGAGAGGAUGGGGCCUACGUGCCUAGCAUUGAUGUAGCAGUGGAGGACAUCAUGAGGCUGCUGUGCUCCGUCUCUGAGAAGAAGAAGAUUAAGGCGGCCUUCAAGUACUCCUUGUUGGGUGGCCUAGUUACUGGGACUGUGGCCGCUGUGGGUGGUUUGGUGGGUGGUCCACCAGGAUUCGCCAUUGGGGGAGCCGUCGGGGGUCUGUUAGGUGCAUGGAUGACGAGUGGAAAGUUUAAGCCAGUUCCUCAGAUCAUAAUGGAGCUACCAGCUGACAAACAGGAGAGGCUCUUUAUCAAUACCAUUGCCAUCCUUAGGAACCUGUCCUGGACAAAUGUCGAGCAGCUGACCAUGCUGGUCAUGGGCAGUAAGACCCUGAAGAAGCAGCUGGUGGAUAUGCUGAAUAACUAUUUCAUCAAGGAGCUGGGAUUAGAAAUGAAGUAGGACAAGUACUACAAUACUUGUCCUGGGAAGCAGUACUCUGCCCUGGGAAGCAGCGUCCAUUUGGAUGAUUCCAAAUUUGUUAUGGUUGAUGUAUAACUGAUUUGCAAUGUCACAGUUUUUUGUGGGGGUACAGAAAAGAUAAUUUACUUUUUCUGCAUUGAUGGAUGACCAUCCUGGGAGUGCAGUGAUACCCAGAGUAAAAGACCGUUUAUCCUUUUUAUUGUUACUUACUAAUCACAUCCUUUGAAAAAUUCUCAAAAUUAAUCAGAAAGAUAAAUAGAACUCAAAGAGUGGACAGUGUAGGGAGGAAACCUGCAGAAUAUUUCUAGCUCAGGGAUUCUCUGAUUCUAACAUAAUUGACUAAAUGGCAGAAUUCAUAUAAGCAUAAUAUACUAUAAACUAAUAAAUGAAAAUUUAAGGCAAAUUAGAGAUAACAUUCAAGGAAGCUUGCAAUUUAAUCCUUUCUUGGUUCCCUCUGAUUUAUCUCAAAAUGUCUCUUUCUUUUCCAUCCAACAAUAUAGUAAGUUUUAGGUGGGGGGUCUCAUGUUUUACUCAUAUUUGUAUUUGCAUCUAUGUUUAGCCCAGUGCUCCAUCUGUCAAAUCAGUAAAUAAACAUUGUGCCAAACUCACUUUCUACUUACA